CCAAUGGUGAAGGUGUAAUCAUCUCCCCCAAAUAAAACCCUUCAGCCAAACUCGCCUGCCUCUCACUGCCACCACUUCACGUCAGUUCCAUCCACCUUGCCGUAGAUCUGGCCAUCAGUCCACCUAGACACGGCGGCGACUUGUUUAGGGAGAGGUAGAAGUUCACGGCUUGCAAGACUUGUUAUUGGAACCAUGGCACUGCGAUUGGCGACUAGAAAGUUCGGGAGUAAGCUCUUACCAAUACGCACUUCUUUUCUGCAUUCACAUGCUACUAGCUUUGGAUUUAAAGAGGUAAGGGAAGCAGAGAAAAGUCAAAUGGUUAGUAAUGUUUUCAGCAGUGUUGCUUCAAACUAUGAUCUCAUGAAUGAUUUGAUGAGUGGCGGAUUGCAUAGAUUAUGGAAAGAUAGAUUGGUUUCCAAACUGAACCCAUUCCCAGGAAUGAAGCAUCUUGAUGUGGCUGGCGGAACAGGGGAUGUUGUCUUCAAAAUCCUAGAGACCAUAAACAACAUCAAACGUAGGGCAAUGCAAGAUGUUUCUGAAGAUGAUUUUCUAGAAGAAGGUCGGAUAUAUGUUUGCGACAUCAACACCAACAUGUUAAAUGUUGGUAAAAAGCGGGCCUUAGAGAGAGGUCUUGGGGAAGACAAAUCCCUUGUGUGGGUAGAAGGAGACGCAGAAGCCCUGAGCUUUGACAAUAAUACAAUGGAUGGCUACACUAUUGCAUUUGGGAUUAGGAAUGUUACACAUAUAGAGAAGGUUCUCGCUGAAGCUUACAGGGUACUAAAACGCGGUGGAAGAUUUCUUUGCCUUGAACUGAGCCAUGUAGAAAUUCCUGUAUUUAAAGAAUUAUACAAUUAUUAUUCAUUUCAAGUUAUUCCAGCCAUAGGGGAGCUGGUGGCAGGUGAUCGGGGUUCUUACCAGUAUUUAGUUGAGAGCAUCCGCCGUUUUCCACCACAGGAGAAAUUUGCUUCGAUGAUUGUGGAAGCAGGGUUUCAGAAGGUUGAGUAUGAAAAUCUUGUUGGAGGAGUUGUCUCCAUCCAUUCAGGAUUGAAAAUUUGAAAUCAGAAAUCCGUCUUUGCUCAAUUUUGUUAAAUAAAUCUCAUUCUUGUUUAAUCCAUUAGGGAGAAGAAGAAGAAAAGGAGAAAACAUCUUUCCUUUUUGAAACCGUGAUGCCGUGUUCCAUUUUUAUACAUGUUUUUUUUUUUUUUUUUUCAAUUCUUUUCACAUUCUACAGUUUGAAAACUUGGAUUGGAUUUUGAAGGGGUAAAAAUUACCUUUUGUAUGCAAGGGUAAUAAAAAUCUGGCCUGCACAGAGACUAAAGUACCUUUUGUAUGCAAAAGACAAUAAUGCUUUCUAACUUA